AUGAUUUAGUAUAAAAACUCAUUGCUUUGAUCUUUUCCCCUUUCUAGUACACUCUCUAAUAAUUUGCCGAUCUGAAUCAGCUUCUCUAGAGACCACUAAACUAAACAACAAUGGCUGACGACACCAAGACCGCCACAACCACGGCGGCAGAGACAGAAGCUAAGCCGCAGGUGGCUGAGAUUAAACGAUCCUGGGGCGAUGUAGCUGACGAUGAAGAAGAAGAAGAAGAACAGAGCGAAACUGCUACUACUGCUGCUUCCACAUCUAAAGAAAAGGGAGUAUCGGAAUUAGGAGUGGAUAAAUUAAAAAUUGAGGAUGAUAACAGAGAAGAGAAAGAGUUAGAUGAACCCGAUGAUUCCAGAAUUCAAGCUGUUACAUCUGGUGAUACACCAUAUACAUCAGCUGCUACAUUUGAAGAUUUAAACUUAUCGCCGGAGCUAUUAAAGGGUUUAUAUGUGGAGAUGAAAUUUCAAAAACCCAGCAAAAUUCAAGCAAUCAGUCUUCCUAUGAUUUUAACUCCACCUUAUAAAGAUUUGGUUGCUCAAGCUCAUAAUGGUUCUGGUAAAACAACUUGUUUUGUAUUGGGGAUGUUAAGCCGUGUUGAUCCUAAGAAUUCAAGAACACAAGCUCUUUGCAUUUGUCCUACAAGAGAAUUAUCCCUGCAGAAUCUGGAAGUUCUUCGGAGAAUGGGAAAGUACACAGGGAUUAGUUCACACUGUGCUGUACCAAUGGACAAAGGAAACAAUGACAGACCUAAACCCCUGUCAUAUAUAUCUGCUCAAGUAGUAAUUGGUACGCCUGGCACCAUAAAGAAACUUUUGUCACUGAGGAAAUUGAGCAUUAGUGAUAUGAAAGUUCUUGUUUUUGAUGAGGCUGAUCAGAUGCUGGCCAAGGAGGGCUUUCAAGAUGACUCCUUGAGGAUAAUGAAGGAUAUUCAAAGAUUCAGUCCUAGCUGCCAGGUUCUUUUCUUUUCUGCCACCUUUAAUGAGGAUGUCAAAAAUUUUGUAUCACGGGUUGUGAAGCAGGGAUCCAAUCAACUCUUUGUGAAGAAAGAAGAGCUAUCCUUAGAUGCUGUAAAGCAGUACAAGGUGUAUUGCCCUGAUGAGAUGGCCAAGGUUCUAGUGAUAAAAGACAGAAUUCUUGAACUAGCUGAGAAAUUGGGGCAGACAAUUAUAUUUGUUAAAACAAGACGCAGUGCUAGCAUGUUACACCAGGCACUUGUAGACUUGGGUUAUGAAGUAACCACCAUUCACGGUGCACUCAAUGUGGAAGAUCGAGACAAGAUAGUCAAAGAAUUUAAAGAUGGUUUAACUCAAGUUCUGAUAUCGACUGAUGUUCUUGCCCGAGGGUUUGAUCAACAGCAGGUUAAUUUGGUUAUCAAUUAUGACCUUCCUGUAAAGUACGGGACUUCGGAGCCUGAUUAUGAGGUUUACUUGCAUAGGAUUGGUAGGGCAGGGCGUUUUGGUCGUAAAGGGGUUGUCUUCAAUUUUGUGAUGUUUGACAGCGAUAGUACGAUCAUGGAAAAAAUUGAUAGAUAUUUUGGGACCCGAGUGACAGAGAUACCAUCCUGGAACAGCGAGGAGGAUUUUACGGUUGCUCUACAAUCAGCCGGGUUGAUGUAAUAUCGGCAUAUGGUCUUUCAAUUUCUUGGUGAAACGUGUAUGUUAGUUGGUCUCUUUCGGAAGUUUCAUAUCUUGUCUCAAUCACUGGAUUCUAGUAGAGUGGUGUUGGUGUUAGUAGAGUCGCGGAAUUUUGUCAGGAACAAGUGUUAUUUGAUUUGUUGCGUUGUGCCCCUUUUUGUAUCGAGAAUAAUAGUUACUAAUAAAAUCAUUGGCUUAUAAAAA